AUGAACGAUGGUUAUGCAGAUAUGCGGAGGCAUAUGAUGGAUCUGGUAGUCAGAGCGCGACAGGAGAUCGUCGAGAACGAGGGCAAGAGCGAGGUUACAGGGAAGGGGUCUGGUGGGGCUGCCAUUCUGAGGAAUCUUGUUGAGGCGAAUUUGGCGCUGGAUAGUGAGCAUAGGCGGCUGACGGCCGACGAGCUCUUCUCGAAUAUCUUUUCCUUCUUGCUCGCUGGCCACGAAACCUCGUCGCACAGUCUGAGCUUUGCUUUUGUGCUGCUGGCUCUGUACCCAGAGAAACAACAGACGCUUCUCGAAGAGGUUUCACGACUGUGGCCAGGGAAUGAGCCAGUCAGUCCACACAGCUCGGUAUGUGAGUAUACACUAGCCUUCUUCCGAGAGACGUUGAGACUAUGGCCAGCUGAGCCGCGUCUUGCCAAGGAUGUGGACGCUGACACGUCUCUUCCCGGCGUUCACUUCUCGCGGAAUGGCAAUGAAACAUCUCUAACAGAGGGACAGGCGUACACGCUCCCGGUGCCGGCUAGAAGCAUCGUCAUGCUUGAUAUAUGGGCUCUACACUACAAUCCGUUACACUGGGGUGAGGACGUGCACGAGUUCACGCCAGAGCGGUUCCUCGAUACCGAUACCUAUCGAUGGCCACGACAUGCAUAUAUGCCAUUCUCGACUGGCGCGCGCGGGUGUAUCGGGAUGCGGUUUGCCCUCGCUGAGAGUAUCUGCAUGCUCGCAUGUGUUGUGCGGCAGUAUGAGGUUCUCGUUCCUGCCGAUCUCGCCGGCAAGUCGUGGUCUGAACAGAAGGAGGUGCUGUUGCAGUGGACAACCGGUGUCACACUCACGCCGACAAAUGCCAGGGUAAGGCUACGGAGGCGCGUAUAA